AUGCGAGUUCUACCGCAAGGGCUUGGGAAAGCCAAGCCGUCAUUCCUCCUGCUACUGUUUCUGGUCAUUGCCAUCGCUGCUCAAGUGUCUGCCGUACCGGCGGACGAUACAACAACGGAUACCGGUGCCGCUAAGACCACCGAUGAUCGCUCCACCACUCAAAGCACCUCUAGCGUGAGUGAGACAACGACAUCUUCAACCACUUCCAAAUCGACGUCAAGCUCUACUACCAGCACCACAUCCUCUUCUUCUACAAGCACGACCAUGGAUACAACCACCACAUCCUCCUCUUCCUCCUCCUCCACGACGUCCGACAGCACUACAACAACAUCAUCCGUCUCCACGACAACGGACUCGUCAACAUCCUCCUCCUCUACUACAACCGCCGGCGCUGUUGUGACGAUACCACCAACAGCGAACGCCCCAUAUAUGCAAGAGAGCAAUGCUCCCGAAGGCACAGUGUUCAUCGCCGUCGGCGCCGCGCUAGGGCUGAUCGGCCUAACUCUGCUCGCAUGGCGCGCAAUGGUCGCAUGGUCCGUAAACCGCUCAGUGCGGCGCGCCGCCGUAAUCCACGCCUCGGAAUCCAAGCGCCUCCUACGUGGCAGCAGAAAGAAGCGAUCAACCCCCUACUCCGCCGCCCCGGCGGUCGAGGUAUCCCUGGACAAACUCGGCGCCGCCACUCGCGCAAGCUACAAGCCCAACCGGGUCCCGAGCGCCAGCAGCGGUCUUUUCUUUUCGCCUACCGCUGGCGGUCCUACUGGAUCGCAUCACAAUCUGCACGCUACAGGAAGUACGGGAAAUCGUGCCUCAACAUACCUGCCUGCUGGAUACUACGCUGCUGCCGGUAGCUCCAACCCCGCGCCAAGUGGAGAGCUUCCAUAUUCGCCUACUGCUGGCCUCUCGUCGCCUUCCCUGCCUCCUGCUGGUGUCUACCAUGAUUCCCAUAAUCAGCGCCACUCUCAUGUGGGUGCCUCGACGAGUUCUUUGAACCUGAACCAGGCGCCGCAGGGUCGUGCUCCUAGCGCAUAUCUUGAGGAUUUGUUUGAGAGCCAUGCUCCUCACAGCUCUGAUUCGGGCCGUCGGUAA